AUUUAACAAUAUUUCAAUUAUAAUUUAAGAAUUUUAAAAUUGAAGAAAAUCAAUAAAUAAAUGGAUUAAGAAGAUAGAAUUUCAUCAUAACUAAAACAAUCUCCUACAUUUUAGUAAGGAUUUACAGACUAAAAUAAAAAUAAGGAUCUGAGCGAUAUAUAAUUCAGUUUAAAUUAAGUUAAGUCACUAAUUGAGGGAAAGCUAAGCUCAUUUUAGAAGUUUUUGGAAGUUGGAAACUCGUCGUAGACUGCUUAGUAACAGUUACUAGACAAUACUUUUGCUAGCAAUAAAAUACUAGAAAACCAUAUAAAUUAAAUAUAAGAGAUUUGCAAAUUUAAUAUUCAAAAUAAUUUAAACAAGCUAAAAGAACCACCAAUACCUUUAGAUUCAAAUAAAGCCUUAAGCUCAGAUGAGAAAAUUAUGAACAACAUGUUUAAUAAGAAUAUGAAUUAGGGGUUACAAAGAAAGUAGGAAAAUUAAAGGAAAAAUUUGUAUUUCAAUGAUAUCUAGUCAAAUAACAAUAGGCAAAUUUAAUUUUAAUAGGAAGAAGCUAAUUAAAUUUAUGAUGAAGAAAUUGAUCCUGAACAAGGAGAAUACUAUGAAGAUGAAAUGGGAACAGGUAACUAUUAAGAGGAUUAUGAUGAAUAUUAUGAUGAUGAUGAUCAAGACUAAGACAUAUAAGAGGAAAUAUAAUAAUAAUAAUAUGAAUAUGAUGAUUAUACUUACUAAAAUUAAAACGUUAAUUCAGCUAAUUUAUAAGGAUAAAUUAGAAAUUACUCCUAUGAUUAUAUGCCUAAAAAUUAACCAAUUAAAUAUUAAAAGCCAUUUGUGUAAGAAGCAUCACAUAAUUAACAAUACUAAAAUAAUUAUAAUUCUUCUUAAUAUAAUAAUUUUAGUGAUUAAUCUCAAUACAUACCAGAUUAGCCACAAUAAUUAAAUUAGAAUAAUAAUCGAUUUUACUAAAAGUCUCAAAGUCCAAAUUACGAAAAUUAUAAAAUGCAAGAACAGUCCUUUCAUAAUGGUUAUGUGAACAGCUUCAAUUAUUAGCAAAAAAGAGCGCCAGGUUAACCUCUCAGAAAUAAACUUGAAUAAGAUCAACGAUUAGAGAUUUAUAGAAAAUUUGAAAUGGAGCACCAUAUUUAAAUUCCUAAAUUUUUUAAAAGCACAUUUUAUUUAUAAAAAACACCCAGGUCAAGAUUUUUCUAGCACCUAACCAACAAUGAAUUUUAUGCUGUGGCUUAAAUCUACGAAAAAUUAGGUACUCAAUAAUAAGUGGCAGAUUUGUUGGAUACAAGUGUACCAAAUGUAAAGAGAAUCCUUACCACAGUUAAAUAGCAAAUAGAAUGUGGAGCUAUUGAACCAACUACACCAUUUACAAUAUUACACUAAUAAAUCAGGUGA